AUGCCAAAGGCACCCAAAAAGAGGCCUGCUGCAGCUGUGCCGGACAAGGCUGAUGAGAAAAUGAAGAAGCCGCGGCAGCUUGAGUCGCUUGCAACGCAAACCGGAAUGGUCAGCCCAGAGAAAACCGUGGAGCUGUUGUGUCAGGCAGCAGGCCUUGUCAGAACGGAGAAGCAGGAGCAGCUGAAAUGGGCUAGCGCCUUCGACGGCAGCAACAUGCCUGGCUACACGUUCGGGUUGCUUCGGGUUCCUGCAAAACACACCUUCGGUUCCGAGAAGGCUGCUGCCCCAGCAUAUUUCACCUUGGCGAAUUUUAGCAUGCUCGACGCUGACGGCCAUUUGUAUGAGGACCGUUGCUGGAAAUGGGACGUGCAGUCCUGCAUCAAUGGCAAAGGCUUCUGCAUUGCACACGGCAAGGCCUGCGGUAUGCCAAGCAGCCACCCUGACUUGGUGGUUUGUGGCUUCCCUUGCAAAUCGAACAGCAUUAUGCACAAGGAGCGAUUUCAGGAGGAUGCAUUGGCAGAACACAAGCAGUCCCAGAUGUCAUUCAAUUCGGCACUUCAGCUGCUGGCUAAGACAACUCCCAAAUACUUCCUCCUCGAAAACGUCUUAGGCGCUGCGAAGUCGUCUGCCAAAGCGUCGGCUGGCUCUGCUGAGAUCAAAGAGACCCCGAAGGACCAUGGCGAGUAUGAUUUACCAGAGCACUACGAGAGGCGGAUGGGCGAGGUACUGAGGCAGUACAGCAUUGCUUGCGUAGAGCUGACCUCUGCACCAAUGGCAGAGAACAGGCCUCGGCUGUGGUGGCUGGGGAGCCGUGACGAAGGCUUCAGGGCAAGCGAUUGGAAGAAAGCAGUGGAGGACCUCCACGCGCAAGCAUGCGGACUGCAGCGGCAGAGCAUGCACCCGUAUUUCCAUGCGAGCCAGGGGGGCCGAGGCAAAGACGUGGAAGGACCGCCCCUUCACGAAACAGAGGCUUUGUACAGCAAGUACUUUUCCGAGCAGGUGAACAAAGCCAUACAGGCAAACCGACUUCCGAAGGAUGCCAAGGCAAUGGACCGGCGAGAAAGGCCAUCUGCUCGUCAUUCCCACCUGGCUGCGCAGAAUCCCUACACACAGGCAGUUGCAGACUGCUUGCACAUGGCUUUGCCCUACAUGUACCACGAGCAGGACGUGAACCUGGAUGAGAAUGAACGCAACUGCCGCCCUGUGGUUGCGGACUUAAGCCAGAACUCCGCACGGGCUCGAACCUCGGCGAGUGGCUGGUGGGGUACAUUGACAACGUCCUCCCGCCUCUACGACUUCGUUUCAGGCAAGGUCCUCGACGCUGCGCAACACCUUGCUUUGCUCGGUUUUGACAUCUCAAAGCUGAAUCUGGGGACUUUGACGGACAAAGAUUCUCGGCAAUUUAGUUUUACUGUGAUGUUGACAACGAGAGGGCAUGCAAAAAGUACUUGCGAAGCUACAAGCAAAGUCCAGGAGAUAUGCGAUUUGGCCGGCAAUGGAAUGAGCCUGGGGCAAACCACCAAAGUCUUCAUACCCCUCCUAAAGCACAUGGGCUACUUCAAGACUGCCCCCUCCAAAAGUCCCGUCUUCAACGGUUCGGCAGGGUUUGGUGCCCUCAGCGGUCCCAUCCGAAUCUUGUUUGCAGUCCUUGAUGACAAAAGUGGCGCUUCCUUCGACAAGAGAUGCACGGUCAUCUGGCUUACCGGUGGAGGCAUCUUGUCGCCCGCAUGUUUGAAAGGGUGGGAGCUGCGGCCAAGUGCAGACAUCUGGGCAAUGGAGUUUGAAGCCGAGGAGUGUGAUGCGCAGGCACGGACACUCUACAAGAAGAACUUCCCGAAGGUGAUGCUUGCACGGGAUUUUGGCAGUAAUGAUUUCGGCUCCAAGGAGAUUCUGAUCUCUGGGAAAUGUCCGGAGAAAAAGGAGAACCUGGAGUGGCUGCUGGAGGCAUGCGACAAGUACAUGGCCAAAUGCAGUGCAAAGAUCGUCCUUGUCUUGGCGAGUCCCCGUCCUCCGAAGGAGUUAGAGGGCUCGCGCUGGACAAGUGGGAGCCACGAGGUGAGCUGGUCCGCCUUCUCCAGCUUCGAGGCAUCGACUUUCGUGACGUUGUAUUGCAAGGGCAAUGGCCGCGAUGCAGCGACCGGCGACAAGCUGGCAAAGGCGCUGGCUGCAGAGAUGGAAAGCUGCCUUAGGUCCGGAUCGGAGAAAUGCCGGGACAAGCAGCUGCAGGAACCCAUGCUGGACUUGCCUACGCCAGCAGCCGAUGCAGAGCGAACCCCAGCAAUCACACGGCAGCUGCAAAUCCAAGCCGCGGCUGCCAAGUUGAAGGAUUCCAUGGCGAAUGACAACAGCAAGUUUCGUUACAUAGAUGCAUCGCGAAAGGCACUCAAAGUCUGCCUUGCCAUUCCGCUGCCUACGAAGAGAUCGAUCCUGCUGUCAGCCUCACCAGGCAUGGAUGCCAAGGUGGGCCGCGUGUCCUUGCUCGAUGCAAUGGGCUACGGUUCCACCUGUGUCAACUUGGCCUUGCAACCAAACAGCAGAAAG